AUGCAAUUUACAAAGUUAUAGGAAAAGAAAAUUUUGCUAAAGUAUCUGAAUUUGCUUUUAUUUUUAGGUUUACCUUUGAAUUAUAAUCUAUGAUGCAUCUAUACGCGUAAAGAUAUAGAUCUUUUAUGAAAAUUUUCAAUAAUUAAAAAUAUUUGUGGAUUUAAAUAAUUCAUCUUCUUAUGCUUCCCCGUUUCUCAAAGUAUUAGUUUAAUAAAUAUAAUAGAGAAGGCCAGAAAAUAAUACAAAAGGAAUUGAAUUUAGAACUCUUAUAUUGA